GCGGGGCCUGUGUGGGAGCAGCGAGCGGCGGCGCUGGAUUCUCUCGCGAGGACGGACGCCAUUAUCGCCACAAAACAACACGAGAACUCGCCCCCAAACGGAGGAGAGACAGUCACCAGUACUGCAAGUGUUAACGUUUGGUGUUUUAACUGGAUACCAGCGCCUUUUUAUCAAUGAUGUCAGGGCAGGACCUGACGGACGUGGUACAAAUAGCCGUGGGUGAUUUACACUCCGAUCACCACCCAGUUGUGCUGGAUAAUGAUGUCAUGACUGUGGAAGACAUGUCCCCUUCGCUGAAACGACAGAGGAUAGAAAUUAACUGCCAGGACCCGUCCAUUAAGUCUUUUCUUUUCUCAAUCAAUCAAACGAUAUGCCUGCGGCUGGACAGCAUAGAGUCCAAACUACAGGUACUGGAAGCCACAUGCAGGUCACUGGAAGAGAAACUUGACCUCAUCAUGAACAAGCAACAAAACCCAAUUCAAGUCCCAAUGAUAGCUGGUUCACCACUCGGAGCCACCCAGACCUGGAAUAAAGUGCGAUGUGUUGUUCCUCAAACUACUGUUAUUUUGAACAAUGAAAGACAGGGAUCAGUCGUUGCCAAAAUGGAGGGGCAGGAAGAGGCAAUGAACAGAACAGCCGAAACACUGGAAAACAUGCUGAACAGUACGGCUUCUGGAAGAAGACAUAAUACCAUCGUGGUGAAGGUUCCUGGCCCAGAUGAUAGCCACAAUGACGAUGACAGCGGCUCAGAGGCUAGUGACACCCUGUCCAACUGCGGCCUCUCAGGAAAUUCCAACGCUACAAACAAUGUCACCUUGAUCACAUUAAACUCUGAAGAGGAUUUCCCUAAUGGCACUUGGUUGGGCGAUGAGAAUAACCCAGAAGUCAGAGUUAGAUGUCCGAUUAUACCAGCCGACAUGCUCCACAUCAGCACCAACUGCCGCACAGCUGAGAAAAUGGCGCUCACUUUGCUCGAUUAUCUGUUCCACCGAGAGAUCCAAGCUAUCUCCAACCUCUCAGGCCAGGGGAAACAUGGGAAAAAGCAGCUGGAUCCACUGAUGAUUUACGGGAUCAGAUGUCACCUGUUCCACAAGUUUAGAAUAUCAGAGUCUGAUUGGUAUAGAAUAAAACAGAGUAUUGAUUCCAAAUGUCGGACAGCUUGGCGGAGAAAACAGCGAGGACAAAGUUUGGCUGUAAAAAGCUUUUCUCGAAGAACACCCUCCUCAUCUUCAUUCAGCCCAUCAGAUGGUGUUCAGAAUACUGUGUCAUCAUCCAGUGAUCUUCAGCAAACACCACCUCAGGCCUUACAUUAUGCACUAGCCAACGCACAACAGGUGCAAAUUCACCAAAUCGGAGAGGAUGGUCAGGUUCAAGUGGGACAUCUCCACAUAGCACAGGUGCCGCAAGGAGAACAGGUACAGAUCACACAGGACAGCGAAGGAAAUUUGCAGAUUCAUCAAGUCCAUGUGGGUCAAGAUGGACAGGUGCUGCAAGGAGCUCAACUAAUAGCUGUUGCCGCUGACCCCAAUACAGGAGUGGUUGAUGGGUCGCCUCUUCAAGCUAGUGACAUUCAAGUCCAAUAUGUUCAACUUGCACCAGUGACAGAGUCUUCAGCUACAGGGGAGGCAGUAGAACAGCUCGAGUCUGCACUCCAGUCAGAUAUGCACAUCGAACACGGCACUAUACAGAUUCAGUAACUACACCAACCUUAAUUGCGGAAUCUGACCUCUUCCUAAAACGUUACUGUGCACCUACAGCCUGAAGCAUGGAGAAAGGCAACAGCCAAUCGUCACUUGUUGGCAAAAGAUGUCCAGAAGAUAUUUGUUUGCAAUCACCCUAUGUCUAUGGUUACAUAAACAGACUAAAAAAAAAAAAAAAAAGAUUUA